AGAGAGAGGGAGGGAGAGAGAGAGAGAGAGAGGGAGGGAGAGAGAGAGAGAGGGAGAGAGAGAGAGAGAGAGAGAGAGAGAAUUCGAUUGAGCUCCGUGGAGUUGGCCAGCCCCGUCACUCUCCCUUAGCCACUUCAGACAAGUCUGGAAACAGUACAUUUUGACUUUCUGAAUUUCAGUGGGAGGCAUUCGCGCGACGGAGGGCCGAGGUUGAUGCAAAUCCUCACAUCGCUGCAAAGAGCGGCAGCGAGCAGCAAAUCCGCGGCGCCCGCGAUGGCCCGGUGGCUGAAGGAUUACUUGAGUUUCGGGAGUCGCAGGGUCCCGCCUCAGCCCCCCAAGCCCGAUUACACCGAGAGCGAGAUCCUGAGAGCGUACCGAGCUCAGAGGAACCUGGACUUCGAGGACCCGUACGAGGAGAACGAGCACCCGCCCGCCCCUUCCCAGCACCAGAAGCCAGCCUCCCCCGACAUCAAGUAUGUGUCUCCCAAACAUCGGCUCAUCAAAGUGGACAGCACCGACCUCGGCAGCCGGCCGAAGAUACUGAGUACCGAGGAAGCCAAGGGUAAACCCGAGACUACACUGCCUGAUGAUGAUUAUUCAGACCCUUUCGAUAUCAAGCACGAUUCCAGAGGAGACACCAUUGACAAAGAGCUCAUUGAGAACAAUGGCUACAUGGAACCUUAUGAAGCCCAGAGAGUUAUUGCAGAAUUCCAGAGAAAAGGAGAAAAGAAACACAGGAAGGGUCUCCAACUCUACGACACUCCCUAUGAGCCAGAGGAGAAUGAGACGGAGUCGGAUGCAGAGAAUGCAGCUGGUAAGAAGGUGCGAGAGAGCCGCCUCCCUCAAGACGACGAGCGGCCUGCUGACGAGUAUGACCAGCCCUGGGAGUGGAAGAAGGACCACAUCUCAAAAGCAUUUGCAGUAGAGAUUAAGGAAAUUAAAGAGCUCCCUUGGCCCCCUCCUGUGGGACAGCUAGAGGAUGACUCAGUGAGCGAUGAAGUUCAGUUUGAUGGCUGUGAUUGGGACCGGUCUUCUCCUUCUGCCAAAGAUCGACUGAGGCAACAGAAGCAGCUCAGUCCCCUGGCUGGAGGAUCGAAAUACAGCAAGACACAGACUCCAGAGCACUGCUCCACCUUACCUGAGAGAGUGGAUCCCGCCCUCCCACUGGAGAAACAAGUGUGGUACCAUGGUGCCAUCAGCCGGGCGGACGCAGAGAACUUGCUGAUGCGGUGUAAGGAGUGUAGUUACUUGGUGCGGAAUAGCGAGACCAGCCGGAAUGACUACUCCCUGUCACUCAGAAGCAGCCAAGGAUACAUGCACAUGAAGUUCAGCAGAACAAAAGACUCCAAGUACAUUCUCGGCCAGAACAGCCCACCAUUUGACAGUGUUCCAGAGGUCAUAAACCACUACACAAGCCACAAGCUGCCAAUUAAAGGGGCUGAGCACCUCUCCCUGCUCUUUCCUGUGACUGUGCAAACGCUGUGAGUGGAGCCCAGGCAGCUGUCUGAAGACAGCAGUAAAGUGCAAAGCAUUCCGCGGGAAAAGAGAUGGACAUACAGCAAGAAUUUCAUCUUGACGGGUUAUGUUACAAAGGUUGUAGCUCCUCUGAAUGCAAUACUCUAGAGCUUCAUUUCCAGCCUGUGAAAUAAUUGCAGGUCAAGAGUAUUGAACAUAUCAUUUCCCUACCAUUUGUUUCAAAGAUUGUGGUGAAUUGGAUCUUGAAUGUUGCUGAACUCACUUGUAAGGAUUCAGUCACUCAUUUACUGGGAAUUUAAGUAAUGUCUUUUAUCUCUCCUGUGGUAACCCUGCUUCUUCCCCUUCCUGAAUAUAAUGCUACUGGCUGCCCCAGCCAUCCUCCACAACUUCACACAAGAGGUCAAGUCAUUAUUGGCUGGUUGUUUCAUCACUGGGACCAGCAAAAGCCCAAUUUUGACUUCACUCAGCAUCCAGUGCACAAGCACUUGGCACUGGCAGUGGGAAUCUGUAGCUAGCAAUGUGGAGCGGGGUAUCCAUGAUCAACAUUCCCCCCAUCACACUCCUGGCCAUUAGUCAACCAUUGCGUCCUUCCCCCACCUCAUGCCAGUAUUCGGAGUGACUGUGGAUCUAAAGUAGCUUAUGCUGGGUCUGUGUGACCAGUUCUACACCAUGCAGCUUUGUUACCAUCUGGUACUGUGAGGGGGAGGUGCAAUGGCAUGGAAUGUCUUCAGGAAGUUCCCUGUAAUGUGCGUUUUCUAUUUUCAAUAAUAUUUUCUGUAAAUAUCUAAAAUUUUUAUAAAAUAUGCUUGGAAGAAAUGUCUGAUUGCAUAAUUCACCAAUGAGAAGUUGGAGCAAAGACCCAGAGGGAGAAUGAGUAGUGAGACUGUUCUCAGUUACCAAGAGAAGUGGGUGCUGAGGUUGUGAAUUAAGAUACCUUGUUAGCAACAUCAUCAAUUUAGCCUAUCCCCAGUCAUAAGGGACAUGGAAUAAUGAUAUUUCCUAAACAGGUGCUGGAAAUCCAAAGCAUUUCCUGUAUUUUUUUCUUUCCUUUGCAAUUGAUCUUGAUCUCGAUCUGCUUGUCUUCUUCAGGUCUCUUCUCUCCUUCUCAUCUGCUCAACUAUAUUUCUUCCUCGAUUGGCUGUCAUAUCCAUUUCUGAAUGUUUCUAUUCCCCUCAGAUCCUAUUGCUACCUCCCUUCUUCCUGCAUCCUUUGUUUCACUCUGCCUGGGAUUUUAUUCCUUCCAACAUCUGACGUGAAACAUCCCAAAUCUUUUCACGUGGUGAGGAUCAAUCAGUGUCCCCGACUUCUAGGUCAACCUGCCUCUCACUGUAUUCCCUUUCGUCUCCCCCACUCCCUUCUCACUUUCCCCUCCUCCUUCUCUGUCCUCUCUCAUUCUCCUUCCCUGCACUGAACAUUCUCCAUAGUCCACUCUCCAUUUUUCCCACACACCCAUUAAUUUUACAUACUCUCUCUCCCCCCUUCUCCUCCCUUCUCUCUCCUCACUCCCUUCUCCCUGUUCCAUUCCCUCUCCUUUCUUUCCCUCAAACACCUCGCUACUCUUACCCAGAACCUUUCCCCAUGCACCUCCCUUCUCCUCUCCUGCCCUGCCUUCCUUCUCAUGACCUCCUUCCCCCUCCUCUUCUCCCUUUUCUCAUUCUUCCCUUCCUGUUUUGAUAUUUUCAUCAUUAUGGUCACCAUCUCAUUUCAACACAGCCAUAAAGCAGAAAACUGUCACUGACAGUGCGGUGAUAAAUGAGCAACUUGUAAUUGCAAUAAGCAUGACUCGGCGGUACUGGUGUCACAACAGAAUAAUUACACAAUUAUUUUUCUGGGCUUUGUACAAAAUAUUGCCAUGAAAGAACAAACAUUGGCAAUGUAAUUAUAUGUAUUUUCAGAUUCUCAUAUCAGAACUGCACCUUCUCAGGCUUUUGGUUCCAUGGCCACUACUUAUCUGCUACUACCUCACCAGGAUGUCACACCUCAAUUGCCAAAGCAGACAGGUCUCACACUGCUGCUGACCCUGGGACUACUCGCCUUCAUUGCUUGCUAUUUAUUUCUUGGGAUCUACAUCACUGGCAAGGCCAGCAUUCAUUGCCCAUCCCUAUUUUCCCUAGAGGCCGUGGCCAUGAGCAAUCCUUCUGGUGCAUGUGUUGCCUGAGUGCCACUGGCCACAGGAGCAGGAGGAGGUCAGCGAUACAUAUCCAACAAAAAUAAAGGAACUCAGUGUAUUUCCAAAUCAGCACAGUAUGCUAAUUGGAGAGGACCCUGCUGCUUGUGGUGUUCCCUUCUGAUAAUGGUCCUGAUUAUAACUUUGGGAAGUGCUGUUGGAGGGUCUCAGAUGAUCAAAUGCUGAGCACAUUGAGUCGUGGUCACUGUAUGUAGCUGAUGGAGGGAAUGGGCGUUUAGGGUGACAAGUGGGCUGCUAAUCAAGUAGGCUGAAUGGUAUUGAUUUUCUUGAGGGUGGUUAAAGCUGAAACUGUCCAGAAAAAUUUUCCAUCACAGCUCUGAUUUGAGUAAAGGCUGUCGGGUGUCAGGGUGCAUGCUGGGUACCCAGCCUUUCACCUGUGCUUGGAUCCAUAGCAUUUAUGUGGGUGAAAGAAAUUAUAUUUCGGUCAGGGGUCACCCCAGAAUGUUGAUGGUAGGGGACUGGCAAUUAUGAUAUUGUUGAAUGUCAAGGGUUUAUUUUGGAAAUGGUCUUUGCGUUUUUUUUUGUUAGCGUGAAUGUUAAUUGGUAGUUAUCAAUGUUACGGCAAGCCAAAACAGCCAAUGCCUAUUGGACAGAUAACAACCAAUCCUAGGCUGAAUUUCACUACAUGGUCAUUGUCCUGAACAACACCUUGAAUGUUCUUGGGUAAAUAGUCAUGAUUUGGCAUGUACAGUUGAGUUUUGAUAAUUGUAGUUGCGUGGUUUUACUGAAUAAAGGAGUAUUUUGAGUUCCA